GAUGAUGAAGAAGAAAGCAAAUUGUCUUACACGGAAAUUUAUCAGGAGUACCAAGCACUGGUUGAAAAAUUAUUAGAAGACUAUCUUAAAGAAGUUGGAAUUAAUGAAGAGAAAUUUCAAGAAGCUUUUUCAUCUCCUCUUGCAAAGACACACACUUCACAGGCCAUUUUGCAGACAGUGUUGGCAGCAGAAGAUUUUAGACUAUUUAAAAAAAUGAUGGUACAGAAAAAUAUUGAAAUGCAAUUGCAAGCUCUUCGAAUCAUCAAAGAAAGAAAUGGUGUGUUGCCUGACUGUUUGACAGAGGGUUCUGAUGUAUUCAGUGAAAUUGAACAAGAAGAAAUGAAAAUACUGAGGGAGGUUCUAAGAAAAUCUAAGGAAGAAUAUGAAAUAGAGCAAGAAAGAAAGAGGACUGAAGAAGCACGUGAUAAAGCCAAGUCCCCAGCUGUUACCUGCAGUCCUCCAGGAGACGCGAGAGCAGCUGUUAAAGUUAAGGAACCCACUGAGGGAGCUCGCAGUUCGGAAGAAACUCCAAAAAUGCCAUUAGAGGAAUCUCAGAAACCCGUGAGGGAAAACUUAAAACCCAUCCGUGCGUUACCCAACGGAGCAGAAAGCUCACCUCAGCCAUCUGGCACCAAAGGGAAAGGCGACAGUAAGAAAAGGUCAGCUGGAAAAUGUCCCGAAAAUGCAGCACAAAAAGCUGGGAUGAAAGGACCUAACUCCUCAGAAGUUGAAAAGCAGGAGCUGAAGCAACGCGAGGACUACCUGAAGAAAAAACGAGACAUGCUGAUGGCUACAAAGAAAGAGUCAAGAAAUAAUGCACUGUUACCAACAGACUCUGCACAGAAAGAAGAGGAAUCACCACCUAAAGAGGAGCUGUCAGAAGAGAAACAGAAGUUGCUCCAGAAGAGGAAGAUGCUCGCAGAAAAGCUGAAAGAAGAAGUUAUCAAUAAGCGGUAA